UCCAGCACCAUGGCUACCCCACGUGCCAGCACCCGCAAUGCCACUACGAUGCCUUCAGGCUUAACAGCCACACAAAAAACACAACCACGAACACAACAGUUAACAACCUUAACAGUGCUAAUGUUAACAAUGCUAACAGUAUUAACACAAAUGCCGGCUCGCAGCACAGCGGCAUCCUUACACGCCACCAAAGAGUCUGCCUUCGCCGCCGCCGCUCCCGCCGCACCAGUAUUGAACACAGCCGGCGCAGACAAUGCGCUAAGCAACAGCCAGCCUGCAGUGCUGCAGCAAAUGUACGACAGCACAGCAAAUGGGCAGCGCGGACGACGAAAACGCUUGCACAAACGUCACAAUGCCAGCAUACGUUUGAGUGAAUUGGCAGGAGCGAGCGAAGCAGAGAUUACGCGCGAAUGGCACAAUUCGUGUGGUGGACAGGAGGUGAUGCCGCGCAGUGAGCGUCCAAUGCAUGCCGGCAAUCACAAAUAUGUGCGGAAACAGUUGGUCGCCUUAACCAAAUCGCUGCGCUAUGAAAAUACGACACUCAAUACGCUGCAUAAAAUCAAUAUCGAGGAUAUGCCCGCAUGGCGGCUGCACAGCAACAAAUACAAAUUUCUGCCUAGUUUGAAUCGCAAUUCUAAAGUCGAACUACGCCGCUGGCAUCGUGACAUGCAAACGUAUGUCGCCUCCUUCAUCGAAUUGGGUGUCAAGCAAUAUCGUUGGGAUCAGGAGAAACGUCAGCAUACAAGUGCGGAAGCAUAUGAAAUCAACUCAUUGGUGCUCAGCUCCAAACGCGAGCUCUGCGAGUUGGAAACUGCGUUCAACGCCACACAUCCAAAAGGCAAAUUGCAAUUCAUAACAGGCGAAGAAAUGCAAAAAAAGUUGAAAUUCUAUUCGAGAGAUGAAAAGCGUGUAGCCGAGCGCGGCGCCGACCCAAUCGAUUUGAGAUAUGCCAAGCAACGCUAUACCAAAUAUAUACGUCAUAUGUUCCAUAUAUUGCGCCACCAGCUGAGAACAAGGCGGGCAGCAGCGAGAGCGUCUUCAAAAUCGAUGGCGUACAGCUAUGAGAACAACAGCCAACAAUGGGCCGCACUUGCGCAGGCGAUAGACUACAGUGCAGGUAGCGAGCAAUCCGCGCAGGGGGCAGAUGAGGCGAACAGCAAUGAAUCGUCAUUGGGAUUGGCAUUGUGA